AUGUUUCCGCCUAUCCAGCGAAUCCGCGGGUAUACAGGCACUUGGACGGAGAGACUCUUCAACGGCAUGAUCUGUGGCUUCGUACUGUAUCCCUCUGUGGCCAAACUUCCGCCAGAGCUUCUCGUCAUGAUCUUGCAUACCCUUUACCUCGAUACUCCACUACAGUUCCAGACGCUCUUGGUAUCACGUCUUUCUAGGGUUUGCAUAGUCUGGAAGAGCGUCAUCGAGAACAACCAGGUCUUCUGGACGUCGCUCAAGGUCGAGGUCUCCACUGUACCCCGCGCUCGUCGCAUCGCACCAUACUUGCAGGCUAGACUGGAGAGAUGGUCCAUGGUUCCCAUUGGAGUCAUCUUCAGGGUGGCCGGUAAGAGGGAGCACGACGAGGUCUGCGAGUGCACUUGGGAGGAGCUCUGCGGGACACAGGCUCAGAUCCGCGAGGCCGCCUUCUACCUGCUCAACAUAAUUGUUGGGCCCCAGGGUGCCCAUAUACGACGCUGGACGUCCUUUGAAUUUGACCUUGUCACCGCUUGGUGCAAGCUCGGCUCCAAUUCUGCAAUGGCAAAGCGGCAUUGGAACUUUCAGGGCCUGUUCAACCACUCUGCGCCACUCCUCGAGCGCCUCGUUCUUCGGUCAGUGUAUACACCAAGCCCACUCUUCCUUGAUGCGCCCCGGCUGCACACGGUCUGGCUACACGAGAGCUCUGUUCGUCGUCACCCCAGCCUUUCAACAGUGCGGACCCUGAGAUUGGAUUACAACUCGGCUGGGAUUGACUUUACCCAAUGUGAAAACGUCGAAGUCCUGGUCCUUAAGCUUGGCGUUGAAGAGGAUGACAUUGUCUACAUCCCAUCAGGUUUCGCCUUCAAGAACCUUCGAAAGCUCAUCCUUCUCGGAGCGACGCCGUAUGGGAUUCUCGAAGCGGUCGGGGAAAGGACACUCGACCUUCUCUGUCUUCGUGUAUCCGAUGUGGGCUAUCUUCAGCGCGUUAACCAGUCGCUGAACCUGGCAAAUGCGAAGAAAGUUGUCCUCGGGACAUUCGAUUUGAAUGACGAUCACGAUUCCGACGACUCGGAGUUUGGCGAUGAACCCAGGACGGCACAGUAUACGCGGCUCGUCAAAAGAGUCCGCGGGUUAGGGAAUAUCACACUACUGGGAAGGAGUAUCGAUGCGGAGCUCGCAAAGUGUGGGAUCAACGUGCCGAAGGAGAUAUCUCGCUGGACGCCUGAUGAGAAUGAGGACGAGAUAGAAGCCUUUGCUCCUUGGAGUGAAGAUGAAUGGGAACAAGACGAAUUUGCGCCUUGGUCGACCGACAAUGACAGUGAGGUGGAAGGAACGGCAAUGUCGUACUCUUUUGGUGACAUCUAG